GAGGAGGAAGAAGAAGAAGAAGAAGAAGGCAGACGCUCGCCACGUGUGACAUCAAGAUCAAGAUUAAGCUCCCUCACACACUUCCCACGUGCAGACCGCUGACUGCUGACUCUGCUGACCUGGGCUGACUUUUCCACCUCUACCCUAUUCCUCCCAUUUCUCUAAGGUUGCUGUGUCCACCACCACCAUGCCUGAAGGAGAAGCAGCGGUAGUAGCAGCCACCAACGGCAAGGCCAAGGUUGGGGAGGGGGAGAAGGAGAAGGCCGCCACCACUGCCUUGGCUGAGGGCAAGGAGGCUGCUACCAACGGCCAGGCCAAGGUUGAGGAGGGAGAGAAGAAGACAGCCGCCACCACUGCCUUGGCUGAGGACAAAGAGGCUGCUACCAACGGCCAGGCCAAGGUGGAGGAGCUGGACGAGGAGAAGCAGGCAAAGGUUGUCAAGCAGAUUGAGUACUACUUUGGCGACUACAACCUCCCAAGGGACAAGUUUCUGCAGCAGGAGAUCAAAAAUGACGAGGGUUGGGUCACGCUGGACACCAUGACCAAGUUCAAGCGCCUGGCCUCCAUCUCCUCGGACAAGGCUGCCAUCGCCGCUGCCCUCCGCAACUCAGGCUCCAGCUUCAUCGAGGUACACGAGGAGGGAGAGAAGAUCCGCCGCGCCCCCUCCCACCCACUGCCCAUCUUUGACGAUAACCUGAAGGAGGAGACCAAGAAGCGCACCAUCUACUGUAAAGGCUUUGCCAAGGACGGCUCAGUCACCCUUGACCAGCUCCUGGAGUUCUUCAAGCAGUACGGCCCCUAUGACACUGUGCUGAUGCGGCAUUUCUUCGACAAGGAGGCCAAGAAACAAGGCUUCAAGGGCUCGGUGCUGGUCGUGUUUGUCGACCGAGAGAAUGCUGAGAAGUUCCUGAACCUGCCGGAGGUAAAGUACAACGGCACACAGCUCCUGCGGAAGUGGCACGAGGAUUACCUGGAGGAGAAGAGGAAAGAGAUCGAGGAGCGGAAGGCUAGGAAGGAGGCAAAGAAGAAGGACGGAGACAACGCAUCCCAGGAGAACGAGGAUGAAGAGGAACCCCCCAAAGGCACCUUCCUCCACUUCUCUGGGGUGACGGAGGGCUCGGAGGUGACGAGGGAGGACAUGAAGGAGUCACUGGGGGAUGCUCAGGACCAGUGUGCUUGGGUGGACUACAGCCGGGGCAUGAAGGAGGGCUAUCUGCGCUUCAAGGAGCCAGAGUCCAACAAGACCAUCAUGGAUAAACUGGACGGCAAACUCAAGGUCAAGGAUAUGGAGGUCACACUGCGCCUGGUGGAAGGUGAAGAGGAGGAGGAACAGCUCAGCAAGAUGAAGGUCGCUCGUAGCAAGGCACGCGCCAACUCCGGAGGCAGGAAACGAAGGGGUGGAAGGGCGGGUGGGGGGUUCCAGAAGCGCAGGAGGAACUAGAUGUUCUCUACACUCAAGUCACCACCACCUCCUAAAAUUUGUUCCCCUUGUUUCUCGUGAUCACCACCUCCACCACCUUCACCGUCACUAUGCCCAAGGAAGCUGGUGCAGAGAAAUCAGCUAAGGUCAUAGAUCAGACCUCAGGGGGCCAUCUGUUUUCUCUUUUCUUCUUUUUCUACCUCUUCUUCCCCCUCUUCUUCUACUAUGGAGAUAUAUGCAAUCAUUUAGUGUACAGUCUUUGAGGUGAGUGACAUUGUUUUGAACAGACAUGUACACUAUUGUGAUGUUACUAAACAGGAUUCUACAUCACACUUUUACGAAAUUAUUUACCCUCAGAGAAUUGUAAUUUUUUAUCUAGUUUUAAAGUAUUUAAAGUAAAAGGCACGUGUGUAGUUUUCGUAAUGCAGGACACUGUACCAAUGAUGUUUUGCUAGGCUGAGAGUCUAGUAAUAAUUCUUUCUUUUAUAUUUUGUUACUCUUACAUAUGCUUCUUUGUAUAAUUCUUGACAACCCUUCUUAGGAGUAUUUGAUCUGAGUAUGUGUGUUUUGUUUCUUGUCAAACAUGCUUCGGAAAUAAUUUUUUAGGUUGAGAAUCUAGCUGAAUUUUAAAAUACUGAACACUGAAAAUUAAGUUUAUUACUUUAUAUAAUUAUAAUAGUGUGUGUUGGCACACUAAAGUUAUGGUGAAGUGUCGCCUCAAAAGUGUCAGUGCAUUACCAGGACACAUUUUGAGGGAUUGCUUCUCCUUUUCCUCUCAGGCUGACCACCUAAGGAGGGGUUGGUGACCUCAGAAUUACUUGCCCCCUGACAGGAUCCACUUUGAUCAUCCCUUACACCAAGUGCUGUAUGUUCUCCUAAUCUUUGUGUUUUAAAACUUUUAUAUACUAUACACUGUAGGCAAUCUGAUUGCCUGCAGUGCCCAUUACACGUCAGGAGAAAUGUAAAAAAAAUAAAUAAAAAGUAAAAAAAUAAUAAAAUAUUAAACUAUAGAAA